AUGGCUACCAUGAUGUCCAGAUUGAAGCUCUACGGUGACCGCUCAAGUCAAAUAGCUCGAGACUUUGUCGUCAAGACUAUUCGCAUGGACCCGGCAUGGCAGCCUCCACGGACCCCUAAACUCCUAUACAAGAUCAACACUCCAGACGAAGCGCACCAAAUAGCGACGGGAUGUGAUGCGGAUAUCGGAGGCAUGUCGACUGUCAACUUCGAACUGGACUCGAAGCCGGAGGUGAACGCGGAGGUGGGAAAGCAGGCGACGGGCAAGUUCUGGGGCAUGAUGCGGCUUGGCGUGAAGCCUGAGCUUGCUGGACAGCUGAGGAGCGGUUACGCUGGUUUCCGGAAUAAGUUCCGACCGACGCUCUUUGGGCAAUUGACAGACGACUUGUCCGCCCAUUCAUAUCUGGCGUUGAGGUUGCGUGCAGCUGGCCACCCACGGACACGCAACUCCUACUUCGUGAACAUUCAGACCGAAAGCUCAUUCAAGAAUGACUUGUGGCAACACCGGCUAUUCUUUAACCGCAGUGACGGCGGCUGGGAAGAUGUCUUCAUUCCUUUCGACGCCUUCGUCUUGACAAAUACCGGCGAGAUUGCCUCACAGCAGAUGUCCAUGCAGCGGGAGCGCGUACGAUCCGUCGGUAUUUCAAUACUAGGCGGUAACUCUGGCGUCGAAGGACCGUAUGAGCUUGGUAUCGAUGAGAUACGCGCAGUGAAUGAGGAGGAUGUCACUGUACCACCACGAACCGAAGCCCCAUCUAGUCCCGUAUGA